CUACAACUCCCACGGAAACUACCACUUCAACAACCCCCACGGAAACUACAACAUCAACAACCCUCACGGAAACUACUACUACAACUCUCACUGAAACUACAACAAUAACCCCCAUGGAAAGUACCACUACAACUCCGAUUGAAACUACAACAAUAACUCCCACGGAAACAACCACUACAACAACCCCUACAGAAACUACAACAACAACCCCCACGGAAACUACCACUACAACAACCUCCACGGAAACUACAACAUCAACAACUCCCACGGAAACUACCACUACAACAACCCCCACGGAAACUACAACAUCAACAACCCCCACGGAAUCUACCACUUCAACAACCCCCACGGAAACAACCACUACAACAACCCCUACAGAAACUACAACAACAACCCCCACGGAAACUACCACUACAACAACCCCCACGGAAACUACAACAUCAACAACUCCCACGGAAACUACCACUACAACAACUCCCACGGAAACUACCACUACAACCUCAACUGAAACUACUACUACAACUCCCAUUGACACUACAACAAUAACCCCCACGGAAACUACCACUACAACAACUCCCACGGAAACUACCACUUCAACAACCCCUACGGAAACUACCACUACAACAACUCCCACGGAAACUACCACUUUAACAACCCCUACGGAAACUUCCACUACAACAACUCCCACGGAAACUACAACAACAACCCUUACAGAAACUACAACAACAACCCCAACAGAAACUACCACUACAACCUCAACUGAAACUACUCCUACAACAACCCCCACGGAAACUACAACAUCAACAACCGCCACGGAAACUACUACUACAACUCCCAUUGAAACUACAACAAUAACCCCCACGGAAACCACCACUACAACAACCCUUACAGAAACUACAACAACAACCCCCACAGAAACUACCACUACAACCUCAAGUGAAACUACCACUACAACAACCCCCACGGAAACUACAACAUCAACAACCCCCACGGAAACUACUACUACAACUCCCAUUGAAACUACAACAAUAACCCCCACGGAAACCACCACUACAACAACCCUUACAGAAACUACAACAACAACUCCCACAGAAACUACCAUUACAACCUCAAGUGAAACUACCACUACAACAACCCCCACGGAAACUACAACAUCAACAACCCCUACGGAAACUACCACUUCAACAACUCCCACGGAAACUACCACUACAACCUCAACUGAAACUACUACUACAACUCCCAUUGACACUACAACAAUAACCCCCACGGAAACUACCACUACAACAACUCCCACGGAAACUACCACUACUACAAUUCCACCUACAACGACAACUACUACAACCCUACCGACAACGACAACAACUACAACCCCACCGACAACGACAACAACUACAACUCCACCUACAACUAUUACUACAACAACCCCAACUACAACAACAACAACUACAACUCCACCUACAACGACAACUACUACAACUCCACCUACAACUACUACUACAACAACCCCAACUACAACGACAACUACUACAACCCCAACUACAACGACAACUACUACAACUCCACCUACAACGACAACUACUACAACUCCACCUACAACGACAACUACUACAACUCCAUCUACAACAACAACAACAACUAGAACCCUACCUACAACGACUCCAACUACCACAAGGGUUGUACCUUCACCCACUAGAGCAACACCUCGACCUUAGUGCAUCGUACAGUUCAGUUCAGUUUCUGCUUAACAGGAAUGCUGAAAAACCUUAUGAAUUGUAAAAUUUCUUCGUGUUGUAACAGUCACGAGCAGCAAUGAUUAUUAAUGCGAGCAUGAUUUCCAUUUCCAUCAAAAGCGAAGCAUCCAGCAUGUGCAUUAUUUGAUUUGUUUUAUUAAAAUUUACUUGCCUCUAGGGCUUUAUUAUAAUUAACUUACAGCUUCUUCUUUAGAUAUAAUUAACUAUGCAUAACUAAUUUAUGUAUUUCCAGUAACUCACUUGUUAUACGAACAGCCUCAUAUUCAGAUAACUUUCUUUUAAUAUAAUAUUAAAUUACAUUUUGACUUUUUUUAUAUGAACUAGUCAAGGACCGUUAGGAAUCUGCCGAGUGCCCUGGAACUCAAAGAUCCCGAAAACUCUUAUUUGAUGAUCCGAUCCAAUCCCAGAUGCGUACUUACAGAAGGGACAAUCUUGAUAUGAUCAACACUCCGCUUUUGCGUUCUUGUGGCUUUCUUGAGUAUAAAUACAGAAUACAAAUACGAAAACAUAAAUUUUCAAGUAUGUUUUUUUUAUUAACCAUCAAUUAAUAUCUUUAAUAUCUUUCAGCCAAAAUACGGACCAUCACGCUGUGUUACAUUUUGAGUUGCUGUCUGUAAAAUAAUUAGGUCCGAUGUAUACUAAUGCAUGCUAAAUUUGCUAUAAUUAACUGGGUAGUUGGUAUUCAUGGGUUCCAGCCUGUUGCUACGUGUAUAGCACUCGAUGAAUUGAGUCGCAAACGGUAAAGAUAAUUUUAAAAACUGUCGUUUAUUCAAGCAGUUUUAAAAUUGGUGCUUUCUUUCCGCGUUCUAAUUUGCAACUAACGGCGUUUCGCGAUGGCGCCCUGUUCACGAACAGCUGUGCGAACUUGACCCUGGUUGAACCGCUUCCUGAUUGGUCCUAUUCUGGGAGAACUAGUUGUCGCACAAGCUAACCCUUUCGUCCCUUUCUAUGUAUUUAGUACGCAUCUGUCGCCAGUGAUGCAGUGUUGUAUCGUGGAGUAAAUACUGUUUUACCCGGUUUUUUUUUUGGGGUUUUGACCGGGUUUUUCCCUUUUUCGUUUUUACCCGGGUAAAUCUUGGGUAUUUUCGAUUGAAAUGAAUUUGUAAUGCUUUUUAUCACUUAAUUGGAAAUAUUUCUGCAAAGUUUGCAUAAAAUAGACUUUUCGAUAUCCUUAUAUA